AUGGGUUUAACAGAUAAAUUAAAAGGUGUUAAAAAAGACGACUACGAUAAAGCCAAUACUCAAGCUGGUACUUACUUAGGUGGUAAAGAUGGCCAAACAGGUACUGAUUUAGCCCAAGACAAAUACAAACAAUAUCAAGCUAAUAAAGCUGGAUCUGGAACUACUGGUACAACCGGUGCUGCUGGUGCUGUUGGAACUACUGAUUCACGUACUGGUGGUACUGGUUAUGGAUCUGGUCAAGGCGGUUCUGGAUAUGACAAUACUCAAUCUGGAUAUGGAUCAAAUCAAACUGGCUCAACUCAAUCUGGAUAUGGUAGUGGUCAAACUGGUUCUACUCAAUCUGGUUAUGGAUCUAAUCAAACCAGUUCAAAACAAGCUGGUGGUUAUGGUACUGGACAAACUGGAUCUCAUGAUUCUGGUGCCUAUGGUUCAACUACUUCUGGUUAUGGUCAAAGUAAUCAAGGACAACACAGUGGUACUGGUACUACUGGAUACGAUGACAGAGCAGGAUCUGGUGCCUAUGGUAGCUCCACAACUUCUGGUGGCCGCACUAGUGGUCAUCAUACUGGUGGACUUACUGGUGCUACUACUGCUGGUACAGGUGCUGGCUACGGUAGUGGUACAACUGGUCAACAAGGAUAUUCUGACAAGACUGGAUCUGGUGCUUAUGGUUCAACUACUUCUGGUACUACUGGUUACGGUCAAUCCGAUGAUGGUCAACAUUCUGGAGCCGGUGGUGGUGCACCACCAUCUUCUCGUUCCCAUCAUGAUAGUUCUCACCAUCAUCAUUCUAGUGGUGGUCACCAUGGUGGUUCAUCUACUUCUGGAUAUGGUGAUUCAAACUAUUCCACAGGAACUGGUGCCGGUACUGGUGCUGGUCUUGGUUCCACUGGUGCUGGUCUUACUGGUGGUCAACGUUCUGGAGAAUCAUCAAACCAUCCUGGACUUUCAUCUAAAUUUGAAACUGGUGUUGACCAUUUGGAUGCAAAGAUUGCCAAGUUACCUGAAGAAUUGCAAAAGGAAGCUCAUAAGGAAUUCCAGAGAGGUUAUGAAGAUGCCAAAAAGUCUUUUAAAGCUUAG